AUGGCGGCGGAGCUGGUGGAGGCCAAAAACAUGGUGAUGAGUUUUCGAGUCUCCGAUCUUCAGAUGCUCCUGGGUUUCGUCGGCCGGAGUAAGAGUGGACUUAAGCACGAACUUGUCACCCGGGCCCUCCAGCUGGUUCAGUUUGACUGUAGCCCUGAGCUGUUCAAGAAGAUCAAGGAGCUCUACGAAACGCGCUACGCCAAGAAGAGCUCAGAACCCAUCUCCCAACCCCACCGGCCCCUGGACCCCUUGACCAUGCACUCGACCUAUGACCGGGCCAGCACUGUGCCCAGGACUCCACUCACAGGCCCCAACAUUGACUACCCUGUGCUGUAUGGGAAGUACUUAAAUGGACUCGGACGGUUGCCUGCCAAGACUCUCAAGCCGGAAGUGCGCCUGGUGAAGCUGCCCUUCUUCAACAUGCUAGAUGAAUUGCUGAAGCCCACUGAACUCGUUCCACAGAAUAACGAGAAGCUUCAAGAGAGCCCGUGCAUCUUUGCGUUGACGCCCAGACAGGUGGAACUGAUAAGGAACUCCAGAGAACUGCAGCCUGGGGUCAAGGCCGUGCAGGUCGUCCUAAGAAUCUGUUACUCAGACACCAGCAGCCCUCAGGAGGACCAGUACCCACCCAACAUUGCUGUGAAGGUCAACCACAGCUACUGCUCAGUCCCGGGCUACUACCCCUCGAAUAAGCCUGGAGUGGAGCCCAAAAGGCCCUGCCGCCCCAUCAACCUCACUCACCUCAUGUACCUGUCCUCGGCCACCAACCGCAUCACCGUCACCUGGGGAAACUAUGGCAAGAGUUACUCGGUGGCCUUAUAUUUGGUGCGGCAACUGACCUCCUCAGAGCUGCUGCAGAGGUUGAAAACCAUCGGGGUCAAGCAUCCGGAGCUGUGCAAGGCCCUGGUCAAAGAGAAGCUUCGCCUGGACCCUGACAGUGAGAUUGCCACCACCGGCGUGCGGGUCUCCCUCAUCUGCCCACUGGUGAAGAUGCGGCUGUCCGUGCCCUGCCGGGCAGAGACCUGCGCUCACCUGCAGUGCUUCGACGCUGUCUUCUACCUCCAGAUGAACGAGAAGAAGCCUACCUGGAUGUGCCCGGUGUGCGACAAGCCAGCCCCCUACGACCAGCUCAUCAUAGACGGGCUCCUCUCCAAGAUCCUGAGUGAGUGUGAGGAUGCUGAUGAAAUUGAAUACCUGGUAGAUGGCUCAUGGUGUCCGAUCCGUGCCGAGAAGGAGCGCAGCUGCAGCCCCCAGUGUCCCAUCCUCGUCCUCGGCACCUCAGACACCAAUGGGCUCCUCGCCAGCCCCAACGUCAACGGUGGCGGCGGCGGCGGCGGCACGCUGGGGGGCUCUGGAGGCGGGGGCGGCACAAUGGGCAGCAUUGAGAAUGGGAAGCUGGGAGCUGACGUGGUGGACCUCACGCUGGACAGUUCCUCAUCCUCAGAGGAAGAGGAGGAGGAAGAGGAAGAUGAGGAGGACGAGGACGAGGAUGGCCCCCGGCCCAAGCGCCGCUGCCCCUUCCAGAAGGGCCUGGUGUCGGCCUGUUGA